GUGGUCGCUAAGAGAGAUGCUGCCAUUGGAGCUGUGUGCGUUGGCGGGGCUGUGCAGUGGUGAGGCUGAACCGACUACAUUACCUCUCUCUUCAUCUACACCCUCCUCCCAACUCGCUCCUCCAUGAAAAAUUGACCGAAGUCUCUUUGGAAAGAACGCCUCAAACUCCAGUCCGUUGUCUCUGCAAGGAAACAACGAUGGGCGACGUUACUGCUACCCCCGAAAAUAGUGGCAUCCCUCCUGAGAGCAGGACCAGCGAGCAUCCCCUACCAAUCGAUAUCAAUCAGAAUAUCUCCUACGAUAGCCGUGCAGACUCUGGCUAUGCGAGCGCGUCCCACUCCCCGAAAACCCUGGAAAAGACAUCCAACCCGUCGAGAGUUGCCAGUAGUGAUAGGACAGGCAUUGUACUUUUCCCUCCCUCCAGUGGCGACAGCUUGCGAGAAUUCGAUAAACCCGUUGACACAGCGACGAUUGCUCGCUUCAAAGAUGUCCUCGAGCGGGUCGAAGGGCCAUUACUCCAUCAAUUGACAAAACGUUCAUUAAAGCGUGAGCCCAUGGCCCUGAGGCUGAUGGUGCUUGGACAUACUGAAGACACCGCUAAAGCCUGGAUCGUGGUCUUAUGCCAUGAGGCGCGUGCCAAACGGGCGCGAAAGUUCUUUGAACAACAACACGUGAAGGCUAUCACUCAACCACAAGAUUCAUCAAUACCCUCCUUUGAGGUGUUGGUGGUUGGCCAGUCUCCGAAGACCAGAGGCGGUGCUAUCAAUGUCUGCAUAAGCAAUAUAGAGAGACCUCGGUCUCUGGACACAACGCUGUGUGGUGCACCGAUGAAGCUGGUCAAGGGCGUUGAAUCUCGGAUUGGAACCUGCGGGGGUCUCGUCAAGCUGACCUCUCGCGAAGGUGAUUAUGUUUUGUACGGCAUGACUGCUGGUCACCUCACAGAUCAAGUGAAAGGCACCUAUGAUCUGAAUCUCACUGUCGCUGAUGAUGACAGUGACAGCAACAGCGACAGCUUGAUCUCAGACGACGAAGAUGACAACGAGGACCUCAGUGUCCCUAAUAAUCCUCUUGACAAGCGCGAUCCCCUGGUGCUCGGACAGGCUUCUGGCCUUAUCAAAUCGCUAUUGUCUGAAACCCCGUCGCCCAAGCCUGAGUUGUGGGACAACAUAGGACAGAUCUUGGAUCCCCCCGUUUCGGAUUUUCCUCAGCGUCCACACUACUAUGAUUGGGCUCUGAUUGACAUUGACGACCGACUCAACUAUAGCGUUAACCAGCUUGGCGACGAUCACAGCCACCGCUCAGGGGACUUCACGGUGGGCACGAUUAAUUUCAUGGAAUCCCCAAGGACACGCCCAGUCGUCAUGAAGAGUGGCCUGCAAGGAAUUCAGUCUGGGGUGCUGUCGUCUCUGCCCUGUCGAGUCUUGCUCGGUCAUGGCAGAGAGUUUGUGGAUGCGUACACGCUCAAAUUAGACGGAGAUGCCGAGAUCGGUGACGGUGAUUCAGGGUCCUGGGUACUUCAUGCAUCUCGACUUGAAGUCUACGGCCACGUCGUCGCCUCCGAUACCUUUGGAGCAGGUUAUGUUAUUCCCAUGACUCGUAGCCUGGAAGAUAUCCGGCAGACAUUCGGCAUGGCUUCAGUUAAGCUUCCGACCUUGCUCGACGUACUUUGCAAGAGGUACCUGCUGGACUCUCAGAGCAGCGUGUCUGCAGAUCCACUGGCUCUUUUCCGUACAGCAUUAAACCCUUCGACGUCGGACAGCGAGAACGAGAUCUCCUCAGGGGACGAACAGCACGGUCUCACUAUGCCAUCACUAACCCACCGGGCGUAUAUGCGCUUCCAACGAAUGUCAAAAAUGGCGGACUCACUACCGGACUCAGGCUAUGCCUCCCACCUACAUUCUGGGCCAACAUCACGACUUUCAUCAUACCCCUACCGACCUUUGCCGACCCGUCCAACUUCAAUGGCAGACUCACCACGUGACUCAGGCUACGCCUCCCUCGCGCCUUCUCUGCCACCUUCUUCCGGAUCAUCGCCCAAAAGGUGGGAAGAAAGUAUUCUGGCGCCGGAAUUUGAGGAAGAUAAAAUGAAGUCAGAAAAGCCACGACCGGACAGAUGAUUCUUGGGAAACAAUCGUGGUCUGCACCGAGAGCGAGUCCCACGAACCACGAAACUGAUGAAGUGCACGACGAACCCUUUGACGCACUUGCGAUAGAAGUCAGCCGAGCGGGCGAAGAAGCUCUUAUGGGAGCCUACACGUUCACUUCGCAUCCCCUAUCUUUCUUGAAGGACUCGGAACACCUAGGGCAGAAGUGAACCGUGAGAAACAGGCGGUCCUUUGCGGCGACUUGCACCUCAGGUAGAAGAGAGUGACAGCUCCGGGAUUGUCCUGUGCCUGGCGAUCCUCUACGUCUUCGACUUUAGGGCAGAGAUGUUGUGGCAGAGAAGUGGCUUGGAUGUAUGACGGUGUCCAGUAUUGACAUGAAUUUCUAUGAAAAGAUUUGAUAAAGGGGCGCAGGUUCAUGCCGCGAUCUCGCGAAUAGAAAGGGGAUCAACAUAUCAAGCAAAGGGAAUAUCAAGCUAGCCCGUCGCUAUAGUUCACUCUCAUCUAUCCGUUGCCGCCGUGAAUAGGAGGUGGGUGGUGGAGGUGACCAGGUUGCUAAGUAGUCACGGUAGAGUCUUACAAUGCCCAAGCACGUGUACAC